GCAUCCAGCAUUUCGACUCGAGAGCAUCCCUCGGCUACCUUUUCACACAACACUGCUUCCUCUGCAGCAACUUCGGCCCUGACUCCGAUUCCUGCAGCUCAAACCAAAGACGUGCCUGACGAUCCCCUUACCGGUGCCUUUGGAGACGAAAUUGGUGAUUCAUUAGAGUAUGAGGCUACUUGUGCGGGGGAGAGGCAAGACAAAGGAAAACCCAAGCAGGUCGUCUCAAUAUUUGAUGACAACUCCAACUUUGACGAGUCUAGGGCUCCGUUCAUAUGAGAUGUCAGAGGCUGAGCCUGUGGUGUCUGAUUGGUCUAUGGAAGUUGAAGGCAUCGAUGACUCGAUCAUGGGUGUUGAUCAACCGUCUCAGCCUGAACCUAUUGUGGCGAAGAAGAAGAAGGUUUCGCGUACAACAACUUCGAUGUAUGUCACCACUGCUGUUGCCGGUAGUCAGCCGCCUGCUCAAAAAAAGGCCAAGAUCGAGCCUUCUGCUACACCUGUUUGCAGCAUAUUUGCCAAGCUCAAACGCCGACAGAAUGUGCCAGACACUACGCCGGAGCACAUGAAAGCACGUGACACCUAUUGUACAGUUGACUUACCUGCAGCCGUGCGAACAGACCAGCGCUGGACGAAGAAAUAUAUCCCUACCAUAUUGCUGUGGGCUGGAGGUUAUAAAGACAUCUGGGUGAUCCCAGACGAUGUUCUUCUCCAUCACGCUCAGCUUAUUUUCGACGCAGUAUACAAAGAUCUUAAUUUUGUUCUCGUUCACAAUGGUGUGGUACAUUCGCUUACUGCACAGCGCAUCUCAGAAUGGCGCAAUAACUUUGGCUCAACAGCCAUAGCCAUUAUUAUGGACUUUAUGACACGUAAUUCUGACUGCGCUCCUGGCGAUCUGGCAACGUCCCUUGUCCACGAUUGGAUAUUCGUAUAUGAGAACCCUGAUAGUCCAUCUCCUCUCACAGCUUACCGCUCUCCCUUCAUCUUACAGCUGCUUGGCAGGGCACACUUCAACGUCAUCAAAGGGUAUGUGAAGGUUCCCGCCUUCGACAUGCAUGAGCUUGUGACGAGUGGGAUGCCACGGCUUCUCGCCCUCUCUACUAUAGCGAUCGAGCAUGCCCUUGUGUUGUUCAAAAACAAACAUCUCAAGGUCCAGGAUGUUUUGUCGCCCGCAUCCCGCAGUAAAGCGGCCAUCAAACUACCAAAGGUUCUCAACAAAUUGACGGGGAAAGAGACCAAUGAUCCAUUUUUAUUUUCGGCGACUCUCUGGUCCAAACCAACCAAGGGGUUUAUCAAGUCGAUUUUGAAUAAGCCUGCUGGGUAUGUGGAGGCCACCAUAGAAAUGGCACGCAAAGUAAAUGGUGCCACUGAUACGCCGUCGAGCGACAAUGAGGAGUGGUACGAGGAUGAGCGAGCUAUGAUUGGAUAUCAUUACUGUGGCCAUAGCCAAUCAAUUUGCGGUAGUCUUCAUGAUGCAACUUGAACACAUCCGCGUCCGUUCGAAAUCGCUCAUCGAGUCAAAUUUUCGAAUCGCUUGACCAUCGGCAGUGCCCGUCUCGUUGAGUAAGACUCGUGCUACUCACAAGGUUACCAAGUGUAUAUUGAUGUAGCAUUAACGUAUAAUCGUGUCUUGUGUCUACAGUAGGACUCUGGAAUGAAUGAUUAAUUUUAGUUGAAU